GUUUUACAGGUAAAUAAAUCAACAUAGAAGCAAGUAUAGAAUGUACCAUAUAUUAAAAGCAUUAAAUAGGAAUUCCUAUAUAAAAUAUGCGUUUUAUAUAAUGGAUAUAUUAGAGCCAGAAUUAAUUUGGGUUAAUGGAAGAUGCUACAGAUUUUAUGAAAACAGUAUCCGGAAAAGCAUUCAUACAUCAGCCCCAUACAUGGAGGAUAACGAAUCAAUUUGUUCAGAUGAAGAAAUUCAAAGUGAUAUAGAAAUAAUAGCGCAUGAUACAUGUUUUAAACAUAGUUUCUAUGUGCCAAAAGUUUUCUAUUCACAUAUAAUUGGUACAAAAGGCAUGACACUUAAAAAAUUAGAAGUCGAGACAAAAACAUCUAUAAAUGUACCAAAGAAAAAACAAGAUGGAAACAUUGUUAUUACUGCACAGAAUCGUAAAGCUAUAGCAUCAGCAAGACAUAGAAUUGAUUUAUUAGUGGAAGCUUCAAGAAAAAAAAUACAUUAUACACAUUUUUUAUCAAUACCAUUAAAUACAGAGAAGAUAAUUGAUAAAUAUCUAUCUUUUAAAAAUGAUAUAUUGGAGAAAUAUGGAAAUACUGUAUAUAAUAUUGAUGAAUCAUUAUUCCAAAAUCCAUCUAAGUUGCAUCUUACCAUUGGAAUGCUCAAAUUACUUGAUGAUAAUGAGAAAAAGCAAGCAAUUGAUGCUCUUAUGAAUUGUAAAGAAAAUAUCAUAGACCCUAUCCUUGAGAAAGCAGGUCCACUAAAUAUACAUUUGCAAGGGGUUGCAUGUAUGAAUGAUGAUCCUACUGAGGUUAAAAUUUUAUUUGUACAAGUUACCCAUAAUGAAAAAUUACAAGAACUUGUUGAUAAAGUUGCUGAUUACUUUGUAGACAUAGGUUUGAAAGAAAAGGAAUAUGAAAGAAUAAAGUUGCACAUGACUGUAAUGAAUACAUCAUUUAAAGAUGAUAAGCAAGCGCAUAAAGAUAGAUUUAAUGCAAGCAAAAUAUUAAAAAUUCAUGAGAAUACUUUAUUUGGGAAAAUCAUAUUUAAUCAGAUUGAUAUAUCUGAGCUUCACACUGCUACAAAAGAUGUUGCAUAUGCUGUAACAGAAUCUGAUAUCAUGGAAAUCAAUGAUGGAGUUUCAUCUAUAUUCUGUUCAGAACAUACUAUACGGAUGAAUGGUACUUUCAAUGCUUUUCAAAUGUCACAACGACCAGAAGUAACGUCGUAUCGAAAACAUAUAAGAUUGAAAAAAAGUAUGAAUUUACCAGAUGAUACAUUAGAAUAUUGGGGAUUUUACCUACUAAAAGGUGCGACUGUAGUACUUUCUGUGUGCUCAAGAUUUGAAGGAGCUUCUAUAUUAGUGGUGAAAGGAGAGAAGAAUUUACAAACCUGUGGCUUGUUAGAACACAACAAUGAGAAAGAACAAGCACUUUUUAUGCCAGGUGCCAAUAAACAAGUUAAAAUAAUAUAUGAGUCAAAUGCGCAAGAGAUUGAUUCCAAUGAAAUACCUGAACCUGUUAAAAUGUAUAAUACCAGUGAUACGCAAUCACAUGCAAAUGUGAAUUCUAAGAAUUUUCUGGAGAGAAAUUUUAUAACAGAUAAUAGCACACAGGUUCACAACGCAAGUUCAAUAGUUUCAACAGACGAAAGAAAUUUACAGUUGUUAUACAACAAGGCAGCUUCUUAUGUUCACAAAUAUAGAGACUAUUAUCGAGCGGCAGUAACGAACAACACUAGAGAAGUGAGACAUACUAUAAAUAGACAACGUAACACGAGGAAGAACAAGAAAAAUGAACGAAGAAGAACAAGGAAAAUAAUAGGAAUAAGAAACAAUAUGGAAAAUACUCAAGAUCAGUCUAGAAAAAUGCGUAUAAAGAAAUUGGAACAGAUACUAUAUUCACAUUCAGAAAAUGAGAAAGAUAUAUAUAAACGGGCGACAGAAGUGGAAGAUAACAUACUAAAUAUUAAAAGAUUUAAAAGAAAUCGAGAACUCAUAAAGCCACCGUCAUUAUUAGAUCAAGGCAUCAGACAUGGUGGCAAUGCCGAUAAAAAUAUAUCUGAAUCUAACGACGUAUCAUCCGUUUCUAGUUUUGAGUAUGGCUUAUUCAAUUGUUAUGGUGAAUCGAUAUUGUUAGCACACGAGUUUGAACCUUCCAAUCAAUGUAUUGAUAUUAGCUAUUUACUUAGUGGUAAACAUACACAAACAAGUCAUCACAUUGAAGAUAACGGUUAUUAUUAUUAUAUUUUCUAUAGCGAUAACGACAUCGUGUCCAAUGAUAUUUAUGCACUCUUUGAUAUAUAUAAGCCAACUUUUCAAUACGAGAAUGUAACCAAGUCAUGUAUUAAUCAAACCGAAUGCUCAUUUUCAUUAAAUGUGUUAUCGCCAGAUAGGGUGAUUGUUGAAAUACCGACUAAAGAUGGUAUAGAACACGAUGAAACGGAUGAUAUUAGUAUGCUAAUUUCUACAUGCCGCCCACGAAUGGGAGCAUAUGUCAUUUUCCCAAUUGCAAUAAUGUUUUUGAUUCUAGGCUGUGCUUUCAUAUGAAUAUAAAUAGCAUGUGUAUUUCGAUUCAAAGAUAUCUAUUGGAUGUACGCCAAUUAUUGAAAUGUUAAAGUAUUACUUUAUUAAAAAAGCAAAUAUGAUUUUAUGUUAUGAAGUAUUGGUAUAAGGCUCAGAUAAAGGGGAUUCCAUUAUGUUAUUAUAUUGUGUUACCUGUUGCUAUUAUAUACAAUAAAUGAUUUAUUUAUAAGCUGAA